AUGGCCAGGACAAGGGGUAAUAGGAGACCUCCGGCAGAUGAAGAAUCUGAUAGCGAAGCCACUCAAUCAAUGGGAAAUAGGAAUCAAAAUCGAAACGAUGUUAAUACACUGGCCCAAGUACUAGUACAGGCGUUGAGGGGGGCAUUGCCUCAACAACCACCACAACCUCAGGCGGAAAGUGGAAAUGGAGUAGUAGCUCAGUUCCGGAGCAUGGCACCACCGACGUUGAAAGGAAACGAGGGACCUUUGGGGACUGAAGAGUGGAUGCGUCAGAUGGAACGCAUUUUCAACUACAUGCGCAGUAGAGAUGACUCGAAGGUGACAUGUGCGGCCUUCCAACUUAUAGAUGAUGCAGGGCAUUGGUGGGAGUCAGAAACUGCUGUCUUUACUGAGGAGCAGGUGAGAGCCAUCAGCUGGCGGACUUUCAAGGAGAAAGUGAUGGAGAAGUAUUUCCCAAAAGCUUUUCGCAAACAAAAGGAGAUAGAGCUCAUGAACCUGGAGCAAGGGAACCUGACCGUGCUGGAAUACGAGCGAAAAUUUACCCAACUAGCUCGUUUCGCCCCUCACUUGGUGGACACUGAUGAGAAGAAGGCAUGGAGGUUUGAGAAUGGGUUACGCCCUGAGAUUGGUGGACACUUGGCGGCUCUCAACAUCACAUCAUACUCAGAAAUCUUGGAGCGAGCUCAAGCAGUCGCAUCACGCCUCAAACUAGACAACUCGGUUGCUCGACCUCAACAUACUGGAGGAAAGAGGCAGUGGGAUGAUCGAGACAAAAAGAGAAACAAUCAACCAGAAAAGAAACCAAAGAGUAAUAUGGGAGACAACCAAGGAUUUGUGCCGAACAAGCCUCUAUGCCCACGUUGCCAGCGCCACCAUUUCUCAUUUGGGGGAAAAAUGGGGAGUCUUUGGGUCGAACCUGUUCCAUUAAACGAAGAAGGAAAGCAGCAGCAACUCCAGGCGCAACUCCGGCGAAACAGCAGCAGUCGGCGGCGGCUCCAGGCCGGAGCAACGCCGCUCCCAGACGGCGACCGGCCGCCCAUUUCGAUAGGGCGCGGCCACGAUGAUAUCUCAGAUCCAUGGCUCGAUUAA